UCCAAACUCCAAAAGCUCGUUCCCCUUCAGUUAAAAGCAAUGACCUCGUCAUCUCUUUCUCUCGUCUUUCUUUACCUACUUGUUCUCCUCUCUCUCGGUCACGGAAAUGUUGAGCAGAAUAAUUGCCAGAAAACUUGGUGCAUUGCAAAGCCUUCAACUGAUGAAGUGGCUCUAUACAAUAACAUUCAGUAUGCUUGCUCUGCUGUUGAUUGCAGUAUUAUUCAAAAGGGCGGAGCUUGCUUUUCCCCUGAAACUAAUAUUUCUCAUGCUUCGGUUGCCAUGAAUCUUUACUAUCAGUCAAAGGGGAUGAACCCUUGGAAUUGUUACUUCAGUUUCUCUGGCAUCACUGUUGUUACUGACCCAAGUUAUGGGGAUUGCAAGUAUGUUUAAUUUGUUCUUAUGCAAGCUAUGUCUCUGUCAUGUUCGUUCAUGCUUGUUUAGGAACAAGAAUAAUAAACUUUGGCAUACUGAAGCGUGUAAUAUUUUGUGUUCUUCUCAUAUCCUUGUUUACGAACAAUUAUGAAAUAUUUCACUACUAUCAAUAUCGUUAUAUAGUG